UUUUAUAGUUUGACAUGAAAUCAAAAUUUUGCAAAACAAAGGAAACAUCAGAUUUUGUACACGGAGGAAAAUGUCACUCAAAAUUAAAUAAUGGCAGUUUUGUCGAAACUAUACCACGUGGACCGACUUAGACGUUCAAAAUCAGUGUCGAGCAUCAGCUUGAAAUUGCACCUGUCCCUUCUUUUGUCAUUCAUCUGUCACCGUACGAAACUUGACCUUCUUGACAUAGGUCACUUCAGGGCCGUCAGCCAUAAAAAAAAACCUUCUAAAUUGACGUUCGUCAAAAUAAAUUAAUAUCUCGGCUUAAAUUUACUGCAGUAUUAAAUAAAAUCAAAAUUAGUAAUUCAAAAAAAUCAAAAUGAACCCAAUAAAUUUAAAUAAUUUGAGUAAUGAUGAGCUAACCAAAAUAUUAGAUUCAUUUGAUACCAUUAUCACUGAUUGUGAUGGAGUACUUUGGCAUGACAAUACUCCGAUCGCCGGAGCUGCUGAGGUUAUGAGCGCCUUUGAUAGGCUAGGAAAAAAAGUAUUUUACAUAACAAACAAUAGUACUAAGUCAUGCGAAGAAUUUAUUGAAAAAUUUCACAGUUUAAAUUUUCCCGCAAAUGAUGAAAAUAUUUUAUGCACUUCAUAUUUGGUCGCAAAGUAUCUAAAGGAUAAAAACUUUAAAAAAAAGGUUUACAUGAUUGGAUCUUCAGGAAUCGCUAAAGAACUUGACAAAGUCGGUAUCCCACAUGUUGGAUUAGGUAGAGAUCCAAUAACAUCAGAUGACGUAUCAUUACUACUUAGUUACUUUAAACCAGACUCAGAAGUUGGUGCUGUCGUUGUAGGAUUCGAUUUACAUUUUAAUUAUCUUAAACUUUUAAAAGCCGCGAGUUUUUUAAAUAACAAAGAUGUCGAGUUUAUUGCAACCAAUACUGAUGAACAAUUUCCUGGAGAUAAUAAUAUAAUAAUACCAGGUACUGGAAGUCUUGUAAAAUGUGUUGAGACUUGUUCGGAACGUAAAGCAACAGUUAUGGGAAAACCAUCGACUUACAUAUCAGAGAUGUUGCAUAAAAAUUAUAAAAUAAAUCCCGAACGCACACUGAUGAUUGGUGAUCGUGCUAACACCGACAUUUUACUUGGAAAACGAUGCAAUUACAAGACUCUGCUGGUAUUGACCGGCGUAAGUACUGCCGAGCAAGUGGAAAAAUGGAAAAAAUCAAGCGACCCAUACGACCACGAGUUGGUACCGACUUACUACUCAAAUUCAAUCGCUGAUUUACUUCCUUCUUUGGAAAAAAAAUUUAAAAAUUAAUUAAAGUAAAAGACCUAGUAUCUGAUCAGGGAACUAGUACCCGAUCACUCGAAAUAUUUGUAUAUUCAUUUAGUAAAACCCAGUAAAUACAGGUAUAAAAAUACAUGAGUAAUCAGGUACUAGUCACCUGAUUGAGUACUAGGUCUACCUUAUUAAAUAUUAACAAUAGUUAAUUUAAAUCGAUCGAAUAAAUUUAAAAUUUCAAGUAUAAUUUUUUUUUGCUACUCCAUUAAUUUAAAUAAUCGCAAAUUUUGUGAUUAAUGUUCAAUGCAAAGUACAAACUUGAAUAAAUACAAAUUAUUUAUGAAAUAUAA